AUGGCAGCGCGGAAGCCGGUCUUCAACCAGCAGGUCCUCUACGACACCACCCCGCUACCGGACUCGAUCCCCAAGGUCAAGGAGAUCGGUGCUAGCUCUGCCCCCCUUUUAUCGGCCUCCUUCUUUAUCGGCGCCCGGUGCAAGGACUACAAUGACGACUACAUGCAAUGCAAGACCGAGAACCCGGGCAGGGGCGAGUUUGAGUGCAUGAAGGAAGGCCGCCGUGUCACCAGAUGCGCCCGGAGUGUGCUCGAGGACAUCAACAAGUCCUGUCUCGAGCAGUUCCGCAACCACUGGCAAUGCUUGGAAAACAACAACCAGCAGCUAUGGCAAUGCCGCCCUGACGAGUGGAAGCUAAACAAGUGUGUCUUUGAGAAGCUAAACCUCGAGAAGGUUAUCCCCGAUCAGCCCAAGCAAUCGACACCCGUACACCUCAGACAAAGACAGGUUUUCGCCCACAAAUGGAUCCAGCGGUGGGAGAAGCCGUUUGUGCCGGGGCAGUCUGAGACAUCAGAGUCGUCCUGA